GAUGCAAACAUGCUCAUUUUCCUGACAAGGCAAACGUUUGUGCCAGCUCUCCUGGACUGCAGAAUCCACUACCUCCUUCUAGUUACUUGUUUGUGUGUAGAAUCAUGGCCAUAUGUUCCUCCUGCAGACGACUGUCCAAGUUCUCGGUGGAGCGUCAUGUGUCGUCCAUGUUGUGAGUACCAGCUGAUCCAGUGUCGCUGCCCCUCAAAAGGUUCGAAGGUGGGCUACACGGUUCCCUGUUGUCGCAAUGCUCUGGAUCAGUGUGACCCCUGUAUCAUUCAUCCAGGCUGCAGUCUGUUUGAGAAUUGUAAAUCCUGCCACAAUGGGACAUGGAGAGCCAAUGAUGACUUUUUCGUCAAUGGAAAGUAUUGUACGGAGUGUCGCCAAGGCUGGAGUGGAGGCGACUGUAAAACAUGUGGAGCUGUUCUGCAGCGAGCGCAGGGUCACAUAGCCCUGGAGAGUUAUCCCACCAACGCCCGGUGUGAAUGGAGACUGCACGCAGAGAGGGGGAACACCAUGGAGCUCAGGUUUUCGCUGCUCAGUGUGGAACCUGACCAUUCCUGUCGCUAUGACUACAUCGAGGUGCGUGAUGGGGAGGAUCUGAGCUCUCCUGUGAUUGGCCGGUUUUGUGGGGAUCAGAUACCUCCUCCAAUAAAAAGCUCUGGGAACAACUUGCACAUCCUGUUCACCUCUGAUGGCUACAACAACUUUGACGGCUUUGUUCUCACUUUCCAGGAGAGUUCAGUUUCACCUGUCAGGAAGCCAGCAUGUGCACCUCCAGAGCAGCCAGUGAAUGGACAUGUUGUGCGUGUUUAUGAGCCAAAGGGGGAGCUGUUCUCAGUGGAGUACCAGUGCCAUCCGCCUUUUACACUGAUGGGCUCCCAGCAGCAGACCUGUCUGCCUAAUGGUACAUGGAGUGGCACAGCUCCAACAUGUGUUAAAGGUCAAACAAGUCGGCUCCGGUGUUCUCCUCCGUCUAAAUUGCACAAUGGUUUCUACAGACCAGUUACUGAGACAACUGGGAGUGCUGAGGAGGUUGAGUUUUUCUGUAAAAACUCCUACAUUUUGAGUGGAAACCAUCGGAGUACCUGCCUUUCUAAUGGAUCCUGGAGUAGCAGGCCACCCAAGUGUGUGAGAGCCUGCCGUGAACCCAAAGUGUCGGAACUUGUGCAGCAAAGUGUUGUGAGGCCAAAUCUACAGUCGAGAAUGAGUUUAGUCCAAAGACUCGGCCUCUCAUCCAGGUUCAACAUGCAGGACUUGCUGUCAGUGGGCUUCGUCCCCCUUAGACCAGAUGGACCAUUUGGAAACGAUGACAGCGCUCCGGAUGACCUCCCCCGUGGGCUUUACCCUGUUCACACCAGUAUCGACUAUAAAUGCGCUUCCCCGCUGUACCGCCACACAGGCAGCUCCAGACGCACCUGUAUGAAGAACGGCAGGUGGAGCGGACGCCAUUUUUCCUGCUCUCCAGUGUGCGGCAAAUUGGACUCUUUCAGCACAUCCAACAUGACGGACACUCAGUGGCCGUGGCACGCAGCCAUUUAUAUCCGCUUAGCUCCUGAUGGGGCUGCCGGCUCCCACAGGCCCCGUGACACGUCCACGUCCGACCGGCAGGAGGCCUCCGAAGAGUCCACGUUCUGGAAGCUGGCCUGCAGCGGCGCUCUGCUCAGCCAACGCAGUGUUCUGGUGGCAGCUCAGUGUGUGGCGGACAGGAAGCGGCGGCAGCCACUUCAGCCGGCGCAUGUGAAGAUGGUUGUAGGCGCUCAGGCAGUUAAGAAGCCCAUGAAAAGUCUGCACCACCUCAGGGUUUCAGAUGUUUUAAUCCAUCCCAGCUUUCGUUCCAGUCCAGACUUUAAUGUGGCUGUGCUCAAACUGAAGGACAAAGCCAGGAUCAGUGAGCGUGUGCUGCCGCUGUGUCUACCACAAACGCCGAGCGCAGAGGUGACGGCUCAGGAGGCCUACACCGCUCGGUGGGUGUUACCGGACGAUCACAAGCAGCUGAACCGCCACCUUCCCCAGAGCAGAACCAGGCUGGAGGAGCUGGCUGAUGUGGGACAGUGUGAAAGGGAGUUUGCUCAAACAGGAGCACACAGCACAGCGAUCAGUGACAAUAGUCUGUGUGUCAUUAGGAACACUUCCAGUCCUCAAAGCCCGUGUCUCAGGGUUAUUCCAGGAAUCACAGCCAUACCAGUCAGCAGUCACGGGGACACUGGGGGAGCCGACGGCGUAGGCUGGCAGCUGCUGGGGUUGGAGAGUUUCAGCUCCGAGGAAAAGGACUGCCGCCUACACACACACACAUUACACACCAAAAUAUCCAAGUUCAGGGACUGGAUAGAGGCCAACAUGAAGUAGUUUGGAUUCAUCACAGCACAGACAUGACAGACACACUGAUACACACACCAAGUACGUCUCAAAUGUUCGGUCGUAAAUAGGGAUGGGAAUCAAGAACCAGUUCUUUUUGAGAACCGGAUCCC